CUCCGUCUUUCCCCGACUCUACUUCCGUUUCGUCGUUCCUAGUUUUGUCUAAUCUCUCUUUUGGCAACCACGUUCGUUCUCGAAAUCGUUCCAAUUCGAUCUCGCACGGAUAGUAUUUUGUUCCCGGGCUGAACUCCAUGGAAAAUCCUCUGCAACUCAAGUCGUUGAACCACAUCUCGCUGGUCUGCCGGUCACUGGAGAGAUCGAUCGACUUCUACCAGAACGUCCUCGGCUUCGUCCCCAUCCGGCGACCCGGCUCCUUUGAUUUCGAGGGCGCAUGGCUGUUCAACUAUGGAAUCGGGAUCCACCUGCUUGAAACGGAAGACCCUCAUCGGAUGCCCGCCGCCGGUGGAAUCAAUCCCAAGGACAACCACAUCUCUUUUCAGUGUGAGAGCAUGGUGGCGGUGGAGAAGAAGCUAGAGGAGAUGGAGAUAGAGUACGUGAAGAGCAGGGUCGAGGAAGGCGGGAUCGAAGUCGAUCAGAUCUUCUUCCACGAUCCUGACGGGUCGAUGAUCGAGGUCUGCAACUGCGACAACCUCCCCAUCGUUGCCCUCGACGGCAAUGGCGACGCUCCGGUUCCCCAGUGUUUGCGCGUCAAUUGCAAUGUCGAGCGUCAACUUCAGCAGCCGCAGCGUCCAGCUACCGUGACGCUAUGAAUUCAUGCUCUUUUGACGAUAAUCAAAGCACAAGAGAGGACUGCUCGCAUGAAUGGCUCAAGAAAUUCUUCAGAUACCUUCUUUGUUAUCUUCUUUUCCGAUUUGCUUUUGUGGGUAAAACAUCGGGUAAUUAAGUUGGGUUCUAGACAUUGUUUUCCCAUUCCAUGUCAAGGGGGACGAAAAGCCUUUUCAUAAUUGGAAUUAUAAGAAGAGGAAUGCAUCAAUUC